AUGCCAAAGGAUCCAAACGCAUCUGAGGUGGAGGAGGAGACGGAAAAUGAGAAAAUUCCAGCAGAAAAAACAAAGACAAAGCCAGAGAAGAGAAAGAGGGUAACAGAGAAACCUGUUAAAGCCAAGAAGAAAAAUAAUGAGCAGAAAGAGGAGACACUUCCUCCAAGGAAGGAGACUGAGAAUGAACAGUCUGCGAAACCCAAAAAAAGGAGAAAGAAAAAGAAAACAAUUACAGAUGUCUUGACUACUUCUGAGCCAAAACCAGGGUGUCCAGCUGACCUGCAGGAUCUGGCUACGCAGUACUUUAAAGACAAACGGUCUGUGAUCGAGCAGGAGGAGCUCAGAGUGCAGGACUCCUUUUUCCUGUCUAGUAAUGACUUGACACACACUCUCGCCUCCUAUCUGAAACAGAUUGCUCCCAAGUGGGCAAAGAUUCAAAAGCAGCACACAGAAAAAAGUUCUGCGGUUCUGCUCAUCGUCUGUAGCUCUGCUCUCCGAACCAUCGAGCUCAUCAAGCAGCUGACUAGUUUCAAGGGUGAAGCCAAAGCAGUGAAGCUUUUUGCAAAACACAUCAAGAUAGAAGAGCAGGUGAAGCUGCUGCAGAAAGGCAUCACCCACAUAGGAGUGGGGACACCAGGGAGGAUCAGUGCUCUCAUUGAUAGAGAGGGUUUGAGCUUGCAGGCAUUGAGGUACCUGGUUCUGGACUGGAACUGGAGGGACCAGAAGCUCAGAAGGAUGGUGGACAUUCCCUGAGGUGGUUGUAAACACACCAGUGCAUCAAAAAAAAGGGGGGGAGGGGUCAUAAUUUGAUUCAAAAAGAUCAAACAGGAUCUUAUGAAGCUGUUGGAGAGUGGCGUCUUGGCUCGCUGUAAAGAAGACAAAGUCAAAAUUGGAUUAUUUUAAUUGACUGCUUGUUGUUUAAAGAGAUGAAGUUAUAGCUGUGGGGUCUCGUCUUUGUCUUUCCUCGUGUUGACCCUGCCCUGUGCUUUUAAUAUUUCCAGAGCCUGUGGGAAAUGUACGGUAUUGUUUGUUCACUUGUGUGACCAACACAAUGUCGGGGAGUGUGAUGAAUGAAUAAACAGACUCAUAAUUAAAGCCA